CUUUCUAAAACUUCGCAACUAAACAAAAGCCAAACACAAGUGUGACAACGCAAAUAACGGCAAAGGCGAAUAAAAAAAUCACAAAAGAAAAAAAAAAACGCCAAGAGAAAAAGUGGAACCUUUUCAUGAAGUGAUCAUUGCAAAAAAAAAAAAAAAAAAAGAAAAGAUAAAAAAAACGAAACCAAAAUCAAUAAAUAUUUUUAUUCUGUUUGUUUAAUCCUUUUCCCGGAGAGGUGAUCAUCGUUCAUUGUUUUUGUUGUUUUCAUCGUCGUAGAAAAAAAUUAAAAAAAAAACUAAACAAAUAAAAUCCACAAAAGGCUUUAAAUUUAGAAAUUUAUUAAAGGAUUUACUUCUAAGUAACAAAAGAAAAGAAAAAAAAAAUAAUAAGAAAAAUCAGAACAAGUGUCUUAAUCGCAAAAAAUAAUAAUAAUAAUAAUAAAAUAAUUAUAUAUAAAGAAAAAAAAAAACUACAAGAUAACAAAUAAUUAUUAAUUACAUUAUUUAUAUACAUACAUAUGAAUAAAGAAAGAGAAAGAAAAUUAGCAUUUUUUAAUACAAAUUAUACAUUAAUAAACCUAAUAAAACAAAAUUAAACCAAAAUUGUACCUAUCACUUAAAAACAACAAAACAAAAAUUAGCUAAAUUUUAUAUACAACAAAAACAACAACAACAAUAUACAUAAUAACAAAUUUAUUAAUAACAAAUAGUGGACUGUGAUACUAAUAUUUCACGUCAGAUUUAUACCAGUAUAACCAAACAAUUCGAAACGCCACAAACCGACUGCAAGAGCCGACUGAAUUGGCAGCAUUUGUAGCAGAAACAGCAGCAAAGCCAACACAACAAAAAAAAACACACACACAUACACAACCUGAGCCUGCCCCAAAACCUCCCCCCCCAUUCUGAUGAUCUUCACUCAACCAACCAACCAAGUAACACAAGUGCAAUGUUAAAAGGCCUCGGAAUGGCCUAAAAAGAAGUCUACAACACACUUUCAAUUUCAAUUUCGACCGACAAAAACAUCAAAUGUUUCUUCAUUUAGACCAACAACAAAAAUAAAAUACCUUUUAAUAAGACAACAACAACAACAAUACCAAUAACAACUACAAUUACAUAGCAUUUAUUUAAACAAAACGUAACAAAACAAAAACAAACAAAAACAAAAAAAGAUCGGAAACAUAACGCGAGAAUAUCUACCUAUAUACCGAUACAACAAAUACAAUUUGUUGUGUCCUUCUACAACUUCUUCGUUAAUAAAUAUUUAAAACAAAAAUGCCUUAAUCAAAUUUAAAACAACAACAAGAACAACUACAUUUUGUACAACAAGAACACGCCGUUUAAACGCAUUCGACCAAACCAAACUCAGUUUUUUUACGUUUUUCGUGCAACAAUUGAAACGAACACAAGCCGAACAAAAACAUAAACCAAACACCAACAACAACAUCAAGUGACAAAUUAAACUCUCUUUCGGUUUUUUUGUUUUUCGAUCGACGCCGCGCAACAACACCAACAAAAACUAUAAUGUAUACGCAACGUAUGUUUGAUAUGUGGAACAGUGUCACAUCCAAACUGGAAGCACACGCAAACACCUUGGGACAAAGCAAUGUACAAUCGCCAGGACAGAACAACUCAAGUGGAUCGAUAAAAGCUCAAAUUGAAAUAAUACCCUGCAAAGUCUGUGGAGACAAGUCAUCCGGUGUCCAUUACGGUGUUAUCACAUGCGAGGGCUGCAAAGGUUUCUUUAGGCGAUCACAGAGUUCUGUGGUGAAUUAUCAGUGCCCCCGCAACAAGCAAUGCGUUGUCGAUCGUGUUAAUCGCAAUCGGUGUCAAUACUGUAGACUGCAAAAGUGCCUCAAACUGGGAAUGAGCCGAGACGCUGUCAAGUUCGGCAGAAUGUCUAAAAAACAAAGAGAAAAAGUCGAAGACGAGGUGAGAUUCCACAGAGCUCAGAUGCGAGCGCAGAGUGAUGCGGCGCCCGAUUCGUCGGUGUUUGACACGCAAACGCCCUCGAGUAGCGACCAAUUGCACCACAGUUACAACGGCUACGGCUAUUCGAGCAAUGAAGUCAGCUAUGGCAGUCCGUAUGGCUACUCGGCAUCGGUGACGCCGCAGCAAACGAUGGCCUAUGACAUCUCGGCAGACUAUGUGGACAGUACUACGUACGAGCCACGAAGUACGAUGAUGGAUCCCGAAUUUAUCAGUCAUGCAGACGGUGAUAUAAACGACGUUCUCAUAAAGACCUUAGCGGAAGCCCAUGCAAAUACCAAUACCAAACUGGAAGUGGUGCAUGAAAUGUUUAGGAAACCACAGGACAUCUCAAGAAUACUUUAUUAUAAGAAUCUGGGUCAACAGGAGCUGUGGCUGGACUGUGCGGAGAAGCUAACUCAAAUGAUACAAAAUAUCAUCGAAUUUGCCAAAUUGAUACCGGGCUUUAUGCGCCUUAGUCAGGAUGAUCAGAUCCUUUUGCUGAAGACGGGAUCCUUCGAGCUGGCGAUUGUGCGUAUGUCUCGGCUGCUGGAUCUCUCGCAGAACGCGGUACUGUACGGUGAUGUUAUGCUGCCCCAGGAAGCCUUCUACACAUCCGAUUCUGAGGAGAUGCGACUGGUGUCACGCAUUUUCCAAACGGCUAAGUCGAUAGCCGAACUAAAACUGACUGAAACCGAAUUGGCUCUGUAUCAAAGUUUGGUCCUGCUGUGGCCAGAGCGAAAUGGUGUUCGUGGAAAUACGGAAAUCCAGAGGCUUUUCAACUUAAGUAUGAAUGCAAUAAGGCAGGAACUUGAGGCCAAUCAUGCUCCUCUCAAGGGUGAUGUGACGGUACUGGACACACUACUCAAUAAUAUUCCCAAUUUCCGAGACAUCUCAAUACUGCACAUGGAAGCGCUGAGUAAAUUCAAACAGCAGCAUCCGAAUGUCGUGUUUCCUGCCCUCUACAAGGAACUCUUCUCCAUAGACUCGCCCCAGGAUCUCACAUAACAGCAGCAGGUGUAUGAUGACACCACCACCACGACAACACCAACAGCGGUAGUAGCAGCGACAACAACAACAGCAUCCUUAAACAACAACCUAGCAGAGGAAUCUGUAACAGCAACCACAGCUAUCAUAGAAGUCCCCCAGACCACAUUGUCGACCGAGCAUUGCGCUUCAUCUUCAGCAACUAUCAAUGCACAGCAACAGUCUUAACAUCAAGCCCAGCAUCCUCAUCAUCAGCAACAGCAGCAACAACAACAACAUAUACUACAGCAAUAGCAAUAGCAAAGAAAUCUUUAUAAAAUAGCAAAGAAAAUACGCUCAUUUAAAAGCCGGCAAUACGCCUGACACAACCUUACAACACGCAGACACCCACACACACACACACUUUCCCCCCCUAUCUCUCUCGCAUACAUUGGUUCCGCAUUUCCCCUAAAUAACCCAAAGUUUGAUACCCCCUUUAUGUAUUCAACCAAAUGCUCCACACGAGAGUAAACCUAUUUGAUCUCCAGCUAUACCAGUCUCGAAUAAUUACCGUUUUGAAGAAAACGCAGAGAUCUACUCCUACCCAGAUACACAUGCUACCAUGUUACUCACCUCGGACCAAUAGAUCGGUUGGGUGGGGGCUAGAUAACACGUCCCAUUAAUAGUCAGCUAGCAAAUCGUUUAGGUUAUUUCAGAAAUACACAUUGGUGAUGGCCCCAGAGCAUGGUUAUGUUUAAACGUACUUAAGAAAAUAUUGAUUUGCUAGAAAUGGAUCUGAAUUUUUUUUUCCCUUUUGAUGUUGGUCCAGAAGGGAGCUCGUUUUUGCUGUUACAUCUCUCCCAAGAGGGGGUGGUGAUUGUCCAGAAAAUUUCCAAAAAUUACCACGCGGUUACCGGGUGAAUUUCAAUUUUGUCUUAGUUGUAAUACCCCUCCCUCGACUCGCACCACUCCACACAAACAAUCAUUCACACACACCCACACACAAACACAUACAUAUACGUACAUUUACUUACCAAUAUUUAAGCGAAACAAAACAUAAACAAUUGUGAAAGGGAUACAGCAACAUACAAAUGCGUUAAAAUUUAGAUUUCUAGAAUGUAAUUUAAAGAAAGAAAAAAAAUAACAACAACCACAACAACAACAACAAGAAAACUUUAUGUAUUUCAGUUAUCAUGUUUCUUCAAUUAGUUAAUCAUUUUCUCAUUACAUUUUUGGCCUUAAUGCAACAACAAAAAGAUUAGUUUAAAUCAAAUUUACGAAUAAAGAGAAAUACAAAACAAAACAAAUUAAAUGCAAAGAAAAGAAAAUAAAAGAGAGAAAAAAGUAAUAAAACAAUGAUAUAUACAUAUUUAAAUUAAUAUUAUAUACAUUACAUUUAUAUAUAUACAAAAAACAACAACAACAACCACAAGAACAACAUAUAUAUAUUUACAUUUACAAUGUAUAUGUAAAGUGAACCCAAGCAACCGACAACAAAACUGUUCGCAUCAUUUUCGACGUUAACGUCGAACGAACUUGCUUAGCGACCGUUUGGAAAGCAAACGAUCGUUAAUUCGUGUUCAGCUAGGCAAACGGAAAUAAAAACAAAAGUGAAAGUGAAGGAGUACACAAACACACCCGAAAAAAAAAAAACAAAAAACACAAAUGUUAUUCUAAUCCCUAAACAAAAGCACACACACACACACACACACACUCAAUCACACACAUACCCACAUCCAUGCAACAGCCACAUUCAUUGUUUUUCGGUGGGAGUCAAAUUUUAUUCGGACAGAUGCAGUCUUCUCCAGGUUUUGAGAUGAGCCCCAGUUUAGUCCACUCCAGAGUAAACCUCAUUCCGCUCAACGGUCAAAUUUCGUCAAAUCGUCUUCGACGCAGAAGAGACUGAAGUCGGACCAUCGGGUAACUCUAUUCAGUUAGAUAGAAAAAUCACGAAACGAUAAAGAUCGUCCUUCUUUACGAAUAAAAAGUGCCGCAGAAAACACUGAGAGGUUUGUCUAUUCUAUUAUAAUCAGGCACAGGAUGGGUCCCAUUUCGUUGCAGCUGCUUCAAUA